AAAAAGGGUGGAUGGGUAGUGGGGUUAUCCGGCAGUGAUGGGAUGACCAAGAUUGGGUUUUUCCGUCUACUGUCAAGAACCAGCAUUUUCCUUUACCCGCAUAGAAGAAUAUCAUCAUCAAAUUUUAGAAGAAACCAUUGCAAAAGGAUGGUGACGUUAAUAGUGGCUACCACCAUUGACCCGGCUUCCAUUGGACCUGCUUCCGCCCUUUUAGCCAUGCCUGGUUGGCACCCUGGUCCGCCUAUUCAGCUUAGGAUAUGCCAAGUUUUGUGAAUCAAGAUGUAAGGUUAUUGAAACAUGAUAGAAGCAUUGUGAGAGAGGACUACUUGGACAAUCGUUGGGAAGAGGCCACGGGCGAGAUGGUUGAUGAGGUUAUCUUUCUUAGCAAGCACACUGCUGCAUCUAACCGUCCUGCACUCACUGUUCACCCCAUAGGUGUCCCUCACCUAAAAGAAGGGGAGCAGCCACCAGUAGGGGGGAAGCCUGCCUGGGCCGCACCACCUAAUCCACGUAUUGGGCCGUGGUUUAGACUUUUGAAAUCUAUUGCCGACUCACAGAAUCUAACUCCUGAAUUCGAGGUCACAUUGGAAGCUACACAUCAUGGACCUUUAACUAAUGCACCCACAAUGUUUGUUGAGAUUGGUAGCACAGAGGAAUACUGGAAGAGACAAGAUGCCGCACAAGCCAUUGCCUUAUUAGUUUGGGAAGGACUGGGGCUCAACGGAGGAGCUGCAGUGGGGGAUUGGAGCAGAUGCAGAAGUGGUAGUCAGCAAAAGAUCCUCCUAGGAAUUGGUGGUGGACAUUACGUACCACGGCAUAUGGAUAUAGUUCGGAAAGAUGGAGUUUGGGUUGGACACCUUCUUGCUGGAUAUUCGUUACCGAUGGAGGACCCUGGUCCAACCAAAGCCCAGGCCAAUUUGGAGGUGUGUGGAACCUGGAGACAAGCAAUUAGAGUUGCGUUUGACACUACUAGAGCAGCUUUUCCUCAAGGAGAAGUACUAGCACAUAUCGAUAACAAGAGUUUCAAAGGUUGGCAAAAGAAUGCUAUAGUCGGAUUUUUAGCAGAGCAGAACAUUAAAGUUGGAAAACCGAGUGAUUUCUACUGAUUCUUUUUGGAUGAUUAUUUUACAAUUUUCUUUUUUAUCUUUUAAGUAAAUACUCCAUGUGAUUGAAACUUUAAGUCUUCAAUUAACUGUCUAUUUAAAAUUUUCUUUUUUUUU